AUGCUGCAAAUGGAAAUGGUCAUCUUCGUGUGCCUGGUGCUGUUGAUGUGUGUAUUUAGCCAGGAACCCAGUUCCAAAGUGGUGGCCGACCGCUACGCCGUCUUCUGGAACCGGACCAACGCCAAGUUCCAUCGUGGAGACUACCACAUUGACGUGUGCAUAAACGACUACCUGGAUGUCUACUGUCCUCACUAUGAAGACACGGUGCCUGAGGAGAGGACGGAGCGCUACGUCCUCUACAUGGUCAACUACGACGGCUACAGCACGUGCGACCACACUGCCAAGGGCUUCAAACGCUGGGAGUGCAACAGGCCGCACUCCCCGAACGGGCCGCUCAAGUUUUCAGAGAAGUUCCAGCUAUUCACUCCUUUCUCCUUGGGCUUCGAGUUCAGACCGGGCAGAGAGUACUACUACAUAUCCUCCACCAUUGCUGAGAACGGGAAGAAAACAUGCCUGAAGCUCAAAGUUUUCGUCCGACCAUCAAACAGCUGUGUGAAAACUAUAGGCGUACAUGACCGCGUUUUUGAUGUAAACGACAAAGUAGACAAUACAUUAGAACCACGAGACGAUACCAGCCAUGAACCGGCUGAGCCUUCCCGAAGUGACGAAACGAAUGCUGCGCCACAUCUGCAGAAAACAAGUCCGCUCCUGGCUUUGUUGCUGGUCUGCCUAUCAGCACUCUUCACUUUAUAGCGCCUCCCUCUGUCCCGGAGGGCAUUUACACCUAGCGUGGCCUGAAUCUGCCCGAGGCUGCAGGGAAGGGGGCGGGAUUUGGGUGGAGUGCGUUUGCUUGAUUGGGCAUCAGAGCAGGCUUCUCAAGGAACCCUCUAUUUUUUUCAGAAAUAUAUUUAAGUGGUCUUUCUCCGUCUGUGAGUGAAACAAGUUGAUGUUGGAAGUGGGAGAGACAAUUCCCCCUCUUAAACUUUCAACUAAGAUGCCAAAUCCCGUUUUUUGACACUUAGUGAUUCUUAUUUUCCCGUGACUUUUGACAUCCCUUUACAUCAUGUUUAUGUCAUUGCAGCACUGAUGUUUACCCCCCCCCCACACACACACACACACACACACACACACAUACAGCACAUGCUUAGAGAGUCAAAUACAAAACACUACACUACGCGAACAGUCGAUAGCAGUAGGGAUUUAGUAGGGUUUUUAUACAGUAGCAGCAGUGCACAGUAGGAAAGUGAAGAUUUUAGCUCUUAGAAAGAACUGUACAUACACAAAUAUAUAGUUGUCCCGAGACCUCUCAAGAAGCCUUUCGGAAAAUAUUUUGAUCAAGUUCUGCUGGGUCAUGAGAAGCAGAUUUUAGCGCCUCCAUUUUACUGGGAAGUGAAGUAAAAAGCAGAAACAUGAAGAUGUAGGAAAAGCAGAGUAAUGGUUUUAAGUAGAGGUCAGACUGUAAACCACAGCACUGAGAAACAUGGCAUGCACCUUAGCCCGCUGAUCUUCAGACUGUCCUGGUUUAAAGAUAGCGCCCAAUUUUCUCCUGAAUACAAAGUGUAUAGGUGGAUAAGCUGCUUAGAGCUUGAGGGAGCGAGUGUAAAACCUACGGAGGCACCCUUGUCCUGUCCUCCUUUGUGAAGAGCACACCGGUGGGCUCAAUAAAACACCUCUCAAACACAUCUGGUUCACAAAAUGACUCACAAAAACAGCUAAAUUGAAACUUUCUCACCAGACACUUUGUAGACUGCUAUUAAGAUCGGGGAUCGAUAUCUUUUGAAAGUUGAUCACACAAUUUCACGGCAACAGUCACAGUCAUUUUAUGCAAUGUUUACUGAGCAGGGCUGCAAUUGUUCUCUCUGUUCCAUUUGAGUAGUAGUCGAUUUUAACACUCCCAUAAACAUUUGCAUCCACAGCUUCUUUUCUCUGAUAUUGAUUGUUAAAGUGAUUGUUUCAAAAAUGAUUCACAGCAAAAUACUAUUAAGUUAUUUUACUUUGCCAAUUGUGUCUCCAAACAUUGUCUUUGACGAUGGGGACACUGUAAACUGUGUCUUUUUGUACUGUCUGAAAUCCACUUAAAUUAGGACAAUAACAGAUGUCACGUGAAAGUGUUUGAAAAGACACUUCAGUUCACAGCACCCUACUUUUCCUCACAUCUAUAUGUCACUUAAUCCACAGCUGUGACUCACAGCUCAUCAAAUAUUAGUUAGCUGGUUAUCACAUUCAGUUUAUUGCAGCAGUGAGUGCAGCAGUUACAGCACUGAUGUAUAGCUCCAAUUAGUUGAAAACACAUAGUGUGAAUAGAGAAUCUAUCCAUUUAAUUCAAGGCAAUGCACAGCUCUAUUUAGUCUGCCCAGGUUUAUGUUAGCACUUAAAUGAAAAUGAAUUCACUGUGUUCUAAUGAUAUCCAGCGUCCUUCAGCUCCCACUGAUGCACAUGGUGAGCUAGCAUAAUGAAAGCUAUUAUGUCUCUUUUCAAACCAAAGGGACUUGUUUCUUUAGCUUUCAAAGAAAAAUAAGAACGAGAAAUUAACUCCUUCCUUUUAGAGCCAGGUUUUUGAAUGAGAAAUGAGGGCACCAACUGGUUUGGAAAAGACAUACAGAAAGAGAGAAAUAGAGCAAGAAAAGGAGCACAGGAGCAAUUGCAUGUCCACCUUCAGCUCCUAGUGUUACAGGUUAAAGUGACUCUUUAAUGAGGUUCAAAAUGACAGGCAUGUGGACCCCAUGUUGUGGCAAGGGAAGUUAUUCCUGGUAUUAAAAAUAGAUGGUGGAAGGCUUGGGGGGUCUCGGGAGGAGGGGGGUGUAGAUUUCCACCGUGGGGGGUUUUAAAGCACCAAUGACCUUGCAGUUUGAGAGAAUUUGUUAGUGAAGGAGACAGAGAAAAUGAAAACGAGGGACGCACACAGGGAGCGACAGAAAGACAUGGGAGGUAGGUAGUCGAAGGUAGUGUGACUAGAGUGCCUAACAAAACAAAACAGCUCAAAAUCCAUGCAACACUACUGAAAAACCACCUGAUCCAAUGACAAACCUGUUGUUCACUAUCAUUCUGUCUCAAAAGGCAUGCACUGUUUUGUUUUUGCUUUCUUAUAUUUCUGUUUUUUUUUUUCUUCCCCAGAAAGACUGCCUUUUUGCCAUUUGUUUUUUGCGCAACAGUAACAAUGCUAUUACAGCGGAAUAGCAGCUCAGCUAUGGGAGGGGUAAUAGGACACGAGGCCAUUUAAUGAGGUACUAAUUUCAGGAGAACACCACAAGAAAUGAGCACCGCAUACGAUUCAAAACGGAACGCCUGUCAGCAGAUUAACAUUAGACUUUUAUCAGAAACCAGCUUCAAUUGUACUCUCUUAUAAUUACCAAUACUACUCUUUGUCAUUAUUGCUAUUAUUACCAUGGUUUAUUCUGUACACACCUUAACCUGGGAAAUGAGGAUCAACUUAUAAACUGGAUACUGUGUAUCCUGAGGUAGUCAACCAUAAAACAAGUAGUGUUAGGUUAGUAUCUGUUUUGUACCUUUCUGGAGGACAAAAGAAAAAAAAUGAGAUCAUUGUUAAAACUGUAUAAUUAUUAUUAUUGUUAUGAUGAUGAUGAUUAUGACUAUUAUUAUUAUUAGGAAAACUUCUUGAUGUAAAUAGUGUUUGAUAUUAAAGUAUUAAUUUGGUUCUUAUGUCUUUUCUAAAAAAUGAAUACGGUAUUAUCUCUGGGUUUUCCGGAGUAUGUACUGUCCUCAAACAAUGCAUUGUGUGCUUUGAUCCUCAAUGCCUAAUGAAACGUUGAGCUAAUAUGAAGGGGAAACCUGAGGGAGCUGUACACCAGUGUACAGAAGGCUGAACAUUAGCCAAACCAGUGGCUCACCUGUUACAUGUUUCAAACCAGUCACCAACCUUCACAUCUCAUCAUAAGGAUCCUGCCUUGGAAAGAAACACUUUGGACUUAAUGGACGGCUUAUUUGUACUUUUUUGCCUUCAGUGUUUGAAAGCAUGUUGGGUCAGCUCAAAGAUCUGCCAUGAGCGGACUGUUUGCUUUUUAAUGGAAGGAUCUCGCCAGUUUCAUUAUGUGGCAUGCGCAUGAACUUGAUGACAUGUUAAAAAAAAUCAAAAAAAAAAAAAAAAUCAAAAAGGUUUUAAAAAGAAAGUUUUCUUUUUGCUCUUAUUUUCUUUUUCUUUAAGACGUGUUAGAUUUUCAGAUCACGUUCAUGUUGUGUGUUUUUGCAUCCCCAUUCGAGUGAUGUCAUUAAAGCUGUGUAGUGACAGAUGACAAAUGUACAUAACACCAACCAUUGUUGUGAAGUUACAGUGGGGGGGUCGGUCAUUUUGUAGUUCAAAAGCAACUUUUUUCUUUUCUCCUAAGAAUGACUCUUUCUGUACCCAUCUAUUGAAUUCAUCCCAUGUAGUUGCAGUCCGUCUCUUCUGACUAUUCAUCCUCUUUAUGCUCUCCCGAGAGGAGGCGUUUUGGGGAGUGUAUACAUCAGUGUGUGGACGUUUUUCAGUGUGAAAAAAAAUGUGUGAGACCUUUUAGUUUGUGUGUGUGCGUGUCUCAUUUGCUGUUGCCGCAGUGAAUGGGAAGCGGCAACCCUCUUUGGCAACGAAGAGUGUUUCCCAUGCCUUAGCCCUCCAGCCUCUGCCCUGGCAGCCCCGUCUGUGUACAAGACGCUUUCUGCCAUUGUGCUUUUACACGGAACGGCUGCUGGCGUCGAAGAGACUACAACAGGGCCCUUCACUUUCUCUCCCUUUUUAACAACCCUGAACCACUUCUCCCUACGGUAGACGUUGGUCCUGGGCACAGUUCAAGGAUUAGUGCACCCCCUCCACCAAAUCCUGAACUGGAUUGUUAGCAGGGUAAAGCCUAUCAUCGAUCCAGGUUCUGUGCGUACAGGGCAAAGCCUCUCUUCUCGUCAGCUCCCCUCUUGCCGACGGAGCCACUUGUUCAUUUCGUGCGCCUGUCCUGUCCCAUUCUUCUUGUGCUUGUAUAACCUCCACCACACCACCCGCUGUUCUUCUUCCCUCACCUUUGAACCCCACUCCCACUUUGCCAUCAGUGGGGGAUAUUUCCAACCUGCUCUUUUACAGUAUAUAAACAACAACAAAAAAUUUGACAAAAAAUGAUCUGUAUUUGUAUAUACACGUGUCUGAGCAACUAUGAGUAAUACAAUAAAACAGAAAUACAUUGCUUUGAU